UCAGCGGCGCUGCUAGCUUGCUGUCUGGUCCUAUGUGUCCUGAAUGAAUGACAUCAUGCAGGCUGCUGUUUGCGUCGGGCUGCGAGCGGACUCCUUCAGACAGUAACGGGUCAUCUGGGAGUGUCAUCUGAAGGCAGCCGUUAAAGCUGCGCGCGGUGUAAGGUGAUGCAGCAGAAGUUGUGUUCCCGAGGUUCUGGAUCCUUCCUUUUAGAGAGGAACGGCCAGGCCUGCGGCGCGAUUGUGGACACUGUCACUCCCUGUGACCUCCCCUUCCGCUGUCCCCGCUGUGGCGAGCAAGAGCGUUUCCACAGUUUGGCUUCCCUCCGCGCUCACCUCGAGUACCGCCACUCGUAUCGCUCACCAGACAUGGUCACUGAAGGGUUCAGCAUUACCGGGAAGCUCCCCGACCCGCUGACGGCAGCUAUCCCGUGGCACGACAUGAGCCUCCCAACGCGUAGGGGGCAGCAAAGUACAGGGAGGCCACCUCAUGUCCGCUCUCUCAGCGACAGCAGAGACAGCGGAUACCUCCACUCAUAUGGGUCUGCGAGGAGGCGCACCCAGAGCGUUGGGGUAGGGACGCAGGCGGAGGAGGAGGAGGACGAGGAAAUCGAUGUGGGGACAGAAGACGAAGAUGUGGAAGAAGACGAGGAGGAUGAGGACGAUGAGGGUGAAGAGAGAAGUGGAAGCAGAAAUGAGGAGGAUUUGAAAACUUCCUCAAAAAAGUCAGACCAUCACCACAUCAACCACCAUCACAUACUGUUCCCCCCACUUGGCCCUCCACCGGACCCAGAUCUGGACCUGGAUCUGGAUCUGACUGAGCAUAACUCCUACUCCGGUUUGGAGACGGCAGCAGCCUCGGCUGCAGUGCGGCAGCGGCUGGCCAGCAUUCUGAGGGCGGCCGAUAGCACCAUGCAGCGCCGGCUGGCCAGGGUGAGCACCGAGCUGGCUCAUACCGACACGGAGCUCCUGUGUGAGCGUGCUCACUCACAGCAUCUGGCCCAGGAGAGGCAGGAAGUUGCAGACAAGGAGAGGUCGCUUAGCCGACAGGUGGAUGUGGCUGUGAUGGUUAUUGCCGCGUUGAGGGAGCAGCUCAACGCCUCAGAGAAUGAGCUGGAGCGGCGAGAGAGGGAAGUGUUAACCAUCCAGAAGUUUCUGGAGGCGGCGGUUCGCCAGGAGACGUGCGGCAAAGUUCGAAUCCAGCAUUUCAUCGAGAAUCUGCUGAGACGUAUCGCUCUGGCCGAGAGGCUGGUGGAGUAUUACCAGGUCAACGGUAGUCCGCCACAGUGCAACCACUACAAGCAGCACCAGCAGAAAACUGAUAACGGCCCUCACAGAAUAACUAAGAGCAGGUCAGCAGGAGGUCAGCUGUCCUCGUCUGGUCUCGCUGACAGCAGAACUCAGUCCUCGUCCCAGUUCGGCGGACGUCCUCCGUUCUCCAAACCAGGCGGAGACCGAGAUCGGGAGCGGGAACACCGGGAGCGCCUAGCUCAGUCAUCCCGGCUGUUCUGCCGGCCUGAACACAGAGACGACAUCUGGAACCAUCAGCGGCGCCGGUCCGCUGGGUACGAGGACUAGACCAGCAGAGAAAGACCAGAGGGAGGGGUGUCAGGGGGCAAGACUUUAUCACACGGUGACUUCAUUCCAGUACGUUAACCUAUGGAAAAGUAGCUCCCAUCAACAUCAGACUUCUUUUACACCACUUCUCAUCUUAAAGCUGGAUUUGUUAGUCUGACUCCCAGGAGUCCAAAAGUUAAGUAUUCAAAUACUAAACAGUAAUAAAUUUGACAUGAAUAUUUUUGUCAUUGCAAAUUUAGACCAAAUUUUCUAAAAUGAUUUUAAAAAGGAUUUUUUGUAUCUGGCAGAUUAUUUAAAAAUAUUUAAUUAUUUAUACUUUAGUGCUUCUCCUCCUGAAAACUCCAUAAAUGACCCGUGGUCUCUAAUAAUAAUGGAGGGAAAACUAUAUAUAAAAGAUGGACGUAGCUUCCAGGUCUGAGAAGUGGUGCCAGUGUGGAAGUGCCUUAAACCUGCAUUCUUUCUAAUGGCCAGCAGGGGGCGGAGUCUGAUGACAAGAAGAAGGCUAUGUCACCAUUAAAGGUUCUGCUUACUUGGUUUUUGACCCAGUGCAUCCAGCUUUUACAUAAAAUCUAUUGGAUAAAAUAAUUCUGAAGAUGAUAACAGAUUAUCAUGGCUCCUUCCUCCGAACAGGGUUUACAACAUAAAGCAAUAACAAAUAUGACUCCAUGAGCUCUUUGCAUCAGACACAUUCCACUUUUAAUUGAUUGCUGUAAUUUUGGUACUUUUCCAUAGAUUAUUAAACUGGAGUGGAAGUGUAAACUGUUACACUUGGUUCUUUUUCCUUUGGAUGUAUGACUGGGUAAACCUUCGAUAUUGAAACAUAGAACUGAAUUCUGUCUGUUAAGUAUAAUAGUUCAUUUUAUCUUCAGGUACAAAGGUGUGCUUUCUAUUCGUCUGUUGAUUUAUGAUUUAAUGCCCGUCUGAUCACAGAAUUUGAAUUUGACGCCUGAUGACACGUCCUCUCCUCUGGUCAGACCUUCACAUCCUGGCCUGGUUCGCUCGAAAACUCCUGAUCAGUCAAGUUAUCGUGUCUCUGCCUGUGCUUUCUAAGCCAAAUCAUCACCCGGGACCAUCUCGAUAGUUUAAGAUUUGUUUAGUCUGUUAUUGUUCAAUCACAUCUUAACAGCCCAUCACGAGUGAAACUUUGGCUUUCUGCUGAAGGAGGAGGUACAAGGAGCUAAAUUCUUACUAUUCCAAGAGAAAUCCUGGGUCCUUGCCUUUGCAUGGUGCACCCAACUCUACUGUCUAUCCUUUCUAGCAUUGACUGUUUUGGGCUGUGCCCAACUGGUUCCAUGUUUCAAGGCUGCUUCAAAGGUCUGGUUUAAAUCCUUUUCCGCUCAUAGUCUGGGCUAUUCCUCUCCAAGGGAGGAUCCUGGUAUGUAAAGGGUUUGCAUAGCCACAGUCCUUUUUCUUUGCUUGAUGGAACCAAAUUCAGUGCCAUUGUAGUCGUGGCUAUUUCAGGUGAUACCCAACUCCAGCUCUUUUGGGCUCCACCCAUCACCAUUACCCCUGGUUUGGCUUUGAUAGCUUCUGGGCAACGUUUAUCACUUCUAGUUGUCAGUUUUUAUUGAGGUUACUCAGAAAAGAAAACCAAACAGACCCGGGACCUGUUUGCCUUGGAAAACUCUAGCAGGGUUUUUUUCUCAAACAGUGAUGUUCCCAGGAUCACAGAGGCACACAGCCCUCUUCACCAGCAUAAUGAGGUGAUUCUUCAGUGAACGUAUCUGGGAAAAUGUAUAUCUGAGAAUCCCAUUCCCGAGUAAAGUGAUAAUAAGACUGAGGGUGAUGUGGUUGAUUGCAGUAAGCUGUUGAUGACCACCAGUUUAGUUUGUACGAAGAGGAAUCGGCUGAGGUGGUUUGAGCAAUUAGGAUGGUCCUGUAACACAGGACCCACACACACGACUGGGUUGUGCUUGAACUGUCCUUUAUUGAGCAUACAACGUCUUUCUUUCUGCGGUUUUUGGCACCAGCCUCGGACACGCUCUGAGUGAAGUUGAUUUUCAGUAACGCCUCCUUGUCAGCACUGAUUUGGUUUUUAAAGCACAGGCACAAGUUCGAUGAUGCCAGACCCGGGUCAAAUCUGUUCAGCAUGUAGCUGAGAGGAGUUUCCUUCGAAGAUCGAUCUGCUUUUGAUGCAUAGAGAGGAAAGAUGACAACAGGUGAUAAGUAAACAUGGAGGAAACCGCUUCCUUCUACACUACUCAAAUAAGGACGAAAUGUUGCAGAAAUGGGCGAUGAUAUUUUAGCGGUGGGUUUGAUGUGGUGCUGACACGUUGCCGCCACCAUCUCGACUCCACCCCACUGGACUCUGGGUGUGGACACUUGUUGGAGUAAAAUGAUCUGUAGCUGCUCGGUUGCCUGUCUCUUAUCAUAACACCGAGGGCAGGGCAAAAUGCGGGACCUCGAUAUCGUGUCCUGAGUCAUUACUGCGACGUCUGUAGAUGAUGUCACAUGUCCUAGACGAUGACGCCCAUUGCUAAGAUGUUUUAACUUCACUUCUAAGGAGCUGUCAUGCUAUCCAUCGGUGAGAAACUUACCGACCUGCUGCCAAAGCAGGAUUUCAUCAGUGGUGUGGCGGACUUAGAAAAACUAAAACAGCACAACUUUUUGGACGGUUUGUCCCAUUUCAGACAAUCUGAACUGAAAAAAGACCCGAAGGCUUGUUGGCGUAGCCGACGCCCUUUAGUGGAGACGAUUGAAAAUAGUCCCCAACAAGUGCAGAUGCAUUUGGAGAGGCUUGCUUUUUUGAAUAUAGCUGUCCAGGUACAUGAAGGAGCGCUUUGGCCCAGGUCUGGAGGACGCCACACACUUAACGAAUGUAUGAGUUAAUUUAUAGCUCACAGUGAAGCGACGCCGUGCUUCAAGUCCCGACGUUUCGGGCUUUAGCUCGCGCUCCUUCACGUCUAAACGGGUGGAGAUUCUCCAAUCACACACGAAUGACGUCACGUCAGCGCUUUCAUCCAAAGUGACUUAACAGUGCCGUGAAUGCGUACAGUCCAUUUGCAGUAUUCUUAACGACUCACGACGGCUUGUUUAACAGAAUCAUUCCUCGAUCCGUUUACAUUUCUGCACUCAUCUAAUGUUAGAAUGUAAAUGUAAAAAAGGCAGUAUUUGGUGUAAACUGUAUCUUUGCUGUCGUCGGUUUAGGUUUUGUUGAUGGUGUUGAUAUUUUAUAUACAGAGCUGUUACAUGUCAUCAAGUGGAGGUGGUGGUCCUACAGUACUAUAACUUGACCGGACUUUUGUAUGACUUGCAAAUAGAAAUCAUUUUAUGUCUAACAGGGUGCAGGUUCUGGAAACAUUUCAGUAUUUCCUAAAUUAUGUCAUGCAAAUUCGUCUUGGAAAUAUGUAAUUAUGGAAGCAUAUUACCCUGCUGCUGCUGAGGCGCUACAGCAUGAAAUCUGUAUUAUCUAUUAUUCUCUCUUUCUUUCCAGUUAGUCGGUGUGAAUUUGACUUUCGAUUGACCUUGUCAGAUCUUUGAGAAUUGAGCUUCCAGGCACUCUUUUUGAAUUUCAGAUUUACUAGAAUAUAUUUAAAGCCAAUUAUAUGUUUGUGUUUUUAUUGGAAUCAAACUGAGAUGUGAGACGUUUGGUAGUAAUGUAGAGUAUAUCUUUGAUAUUAAUGUCCUGUGGUCAAAAAUUGGAUUCGUGUCCCUGAAACGGUAUUCUUGAAUUUCGCCGCUUGGAGAAACCUGAUGCUGAUAGGUUUGGAUAAACCGACCACUGAGCACUGCUGUUGUUGACAUAAAAACCCCGUCUCUUGAUGGGCAUUAAGCUUAGAAUCGGGGAGUGAUCCAAACCAUCCAGCACCACACUAAUGACUAACCUCAUGCUGUGGACGGAUCUUCUCAGAUGUUCUCUCGGCUGAAGUUUGCCUCAUUUUUUUAGCAUCUUUUUCCUGCCGUAAGUUGCCAUCUGUCUCUGGCCAUCGGAGACCUUCAUCAUGAACAGUUCAACGUCAUCCUCUGUCUGCCAUCUGGUAAUGUGUUCAUAUCCUGGUAGAAGCUUGCUGCAUGGUGUCUGGCAGGUCUCUGGAUAUGAAACAUAACGGUAUUCUUGGGAGACAUUACGGCUUUGUAGCUCAUGAUUUGCUGCUGUAUGGUCAUGUGACAGUCAAUAAGUGGUUUUUCACUCCCGUUGGUAAACAUUCAGUGGCUCUGUGCACGUGCGGUUCCUCCACCUACAAGUUGCUGAAUUUCAUGAAGUUUCUCGAGGUUUCUGGCGACUUCCUCUUCCUGUGUGGAUGCCACUUUACUCUGCCGGUCAGGGAUGACGUACCAGCUUUAAGUUUUGGGUUUUUUUAUUCAGACAACAGCAGAUCUCUUGGAAGUGUGCGGGCGUUGGGUUCGACUCUGAACUGCUUCCUGUUUUGUAUUUGGAAAAUGGAAGAAGAUGCAUGAAGCAGCCCUACUACUACUACUACAUAUGUAGCUAUUGUGUUACUGUGAAAGCAUGCUUCAUAUGUAGCAAAAAAAUCCUAUAAAAUACUGUUAUCUUGUACUACCAUGUGUACUUUUGUAGCAGAGCGAGGUCUAUUUUAAUGGUAUUUGAAGGAGAGUUGCACUAAACCAUCCAAGAGAGCUUCGCUUGGCACUGUUGGAUGUCUUUCGAUGGGAAGAGGGAUGUAUAACGGACAAUCAGCAGGGUUCGUGCACAGGUUUGAAAGAGUUUUGAAAUGUUUGGGGUGAUCGAUGUGCAAGAGGCGGUUCAAGUGUGCAAGAAAAGAAAAGUAUUGUACCUGAUGUAUUGUUUGUUUGAAUAUGACUCUCUGCCUUUCUUGCAGUAAGGUGGUAGAGGUGACGUUAGCUUUUCUGUUUGCGUAAAACUUCUAGCAGCAGCGUUCUGUUUGAUAUUCUUGAUUUCUUAACUUUUGUCCGUAGGGAUUUCAUUUGCAGAAGUAAUCUCUAGGUUUGUGCCUUCACUCAAGAACUCUGUACUCUGUAAAAAAACAAACUUAAAAAAAAAAACACUGUGCAAAAAUGCAAUACUGUGAAGAUCUGGAACACUUUAUGUUGAAUCCCGUCGGUCGGUAUGUGUGAUAGCCAUCGAAGAUUAAAGAACAAAUAUGACGCCAAGACGAGA